GCUCUAGCUCUCCUUGUGUGUCUUCCCGACAAAACUCCAAAAGCUUAUGUCCAAGUCAGAAGUGUCUGUCAAGUACAGAAGAGACAGUACUGUUGCAUUUCUCGGUUCCCCUUUUCUCUUCAUUGAACAACUGCAUAGCCCCUCAUAACAUAGCUAUCCCGUCGAUUUUUCGUGUCUUUCUAAGAGAUGGCGGCACUCCGAGGUAGCAUCAACACGGCGACGUUUGCUUGAGUCGUGCUGCUUUUGAAAGUCAUUGUUUGCUGUGUCCUCUGGUUCUGUCCAUGCUUGCUUCCAUUCACGAUUGUCAUUGAACAAUGACGUAGCGAUCGUGACCCUGGCUUUCUUGGGAUGCAUGUCAGGACUGUUGCUGAUCUUGUCCUGUGCUCUACAUAAAGCAUGGUGGCCACUGUUCUGUAUUAUCCCCAUUGUCUUAUCGCCGUUGCCAACGAAAAUGGCCAAAGGAACAAGCGAUUCCUUUUCCUCAGGAAACUCCAGUGUUGGGUAUGAGCUUGCUAUUUUCUUUACCACAGGCCUUAUCAUAUCUGGACUAGCCAUCCCUCCUAUUCUUGCCCAUGCUGGAAAGAUUGUCUGGGAGUCGGUUGGUCUUGCAAUCGGUGGAACUGUGCUGGGGUUCUUGACCGUACUCAUCUAUCGUGUUUCCUCACCUGACGAGGGUGACGGAUUUGAACUCAUGGCGUUUAAUUAAGUAUGCCGUUCAGCGUUCAACUCCCGUUGGUUGCAGGUGUUCCGUCACCCUGUCCUUCUAAGACAUUUCACAGAAGGUAAAACUGGACAGCAUCAGACUGUACACACUCAUACUUUCCAAGUAAUCAGAUGCUGUUGCUGAUGUAAAUUUCUAAACGAAUCCUUGUUGUACUCAAUGUGCUAUAAAAGAGAGUGGAUAUCCUUUGCAACAUUCUCUCGUUGCAGCACGCCUAUCGUAGGUUCUGUACAUACUAUCCUACUGGUUUUAUCUAUAGACAGACGACUCACUGCCAUACCUGUGCAUGUCGACAUUCACCGACAUGGCCUUGUAAGAUACUUCAAAAGAAAUUUGUUUCGUUUUCGUUCCUCAGAGCUGGGAACUGUUUUUAAAACCACAACAACUACACGAUGUUUUUUCUCCAGAACUAUUUAUCGAAACAUACCAGGUCAUGUACAUAGCCUUCUUAGCUCUUAGUUCUUGCAGAUGCCUUCAAUGACUUGGGCCUUUAUUCUUCUAGUGGUUUUCUGUGCACAUAAUAGCGGUGCUCGGUUGACAUGCGCUUGGGUGCUCUUUACUCUGCGCUGUGUUUUAGUAUUAUUUUUCAAUAUGUACAUCAGAAUUUGAGUGCAGAUUAGGAGCUGCACCGAAUCUGUCCGCCUCCUUUGUGCUGCUUUGUGUGUAAUACUCACUAAUAGUGCUCUGCUUCACGUACCACCGUGAUCCCUGUGCGCUGACUUCUUGAAAAACUCACAAGUUUUGACAAGUCAGUGAAGUAGAGCUUCAGGACAAAAUACCUCGGUUAGAGCAUUAAUUUUUUCCAUUUUUAUUUGCACCAGGCCUUGUGGGCCGACCAGACAUAAUAAUUAUACAUGUGCCGGUGCAUCAUUGUUACAAAACAAAUUGUCACUGAGCUGA